AUGGCUUCCCAAAUCGAGAACAGCUUCUUGCAUGAAGUCGAGAAAACGACUCUCCAGGAUCCAUCAAAUGCAGACUUGAUCAAGGCUACAGCGCUUGAGCUUCAGAACCAGGGGCUUCUUGCGAUAUGCUCACGACUGGCCGUUCAUCUCUGCAAAAGAAACAUCAACCUGAUCAAAGGCCGCGUCUUGGUUCAAACGAGCCCGUCAGCUGCAUACAAUUUCCAAGAGACUUUGGAUCAUGCACGCUUAUAUUGUAUCAAGAUCAUGGCUACGGGUCCUGGAAUGAAUGCUGCCAAAGUUCUUCAAGAUGAAGGCAUCCCGACCUUGGGAACCGGCGUGUUUAGCGUGGUUCAGGCUGUGGCGUGCAGCCAGGCGGGUUGCUUAUACAUCAGCCCAUAUUACAACGAAAUACGAACCCACCUGAACCCAUCUCUGUGGCCCGAUGUCCAGGAUCCUGCAUUGGAGCACCCGUUCUCCCAUCGUAUCGCUCAGAUGGUUCAGGCAUAUAAGACCUUGUUUGCUAAAACUGGCAAAGAGCAGCCAUUAGUUAAGAAUGCUGGCUUUCGCUCGCACAGAGAAGUGCUUGCCUCGGCUGAACUCGGCUGCCAUUCUGCAACUAUUUCCCAGGAUCUAUUGGAGGAGCUUAAGACUUUAACACCAGGAGAAGUUCCACUGCCCGCUGCUCUUAAGGUAGCCUGCUUGAAGCAUCCUUAUGCUGACAAUGUACCUAUUCCUUCGCCAAGACUAGGAGAACUGCUCACUCGACAUCUUGAUGCCACUCUGAAUGAAGGAAAAGAAUGGUCUGCAAAGGAUUUGACGGCUGAUUUAUUGGUUGAUGAAGGCAAAGCGUUGGAGAAUUUUAUGAAUGGAGAUCCGGAAGCGGCUCGCAUGGUCAAGGAAGCUCUGGAUAUGUUUAUUUUCUGUGAGGAGGAGACACAAAAGCUCAUCAAAGGGGCAGCCUUAGUCGCAAGUCUAUAA